AUGGCCCAAGAAGCACGUCCCGUCGCAAAGACGAGUGGCGGAAAUAAUGCCUUUCACAACUUCCACAACGACUUUGCCCACAUCGCCGACCCCAACGAGCGACGCCGUCUCGCCCUCGCUGAGAUUGACAAGGCUCCCUUUGGAUGGUACCAUGUCCGAGCAUGUAUCGUCGCAGGUGUUGGUUUCUUCACUGACUCCUACGAUAUCUUUUGCGUCUCCAUGUUGACCAUCAUGCUCGGCAUCGUCUACUAUCCCGAGAAGGGCAAGUUGCCCACCAGCUCUGACAACGCCAUCAAGCUGUCUACUUCUGCCGGUACGGUGAUAGGACAGCUUGGUUUUGGUAUGCUGGCCGAUAUUGUCGGUCGAAAGCGCAUGUAUGGUCUUGAGUUGAUCGUCAUCAUCUUUGCCACGCUUGCUCAGGCCCUGACUGCUGGAUCGCCUUCCACCUCCCUCGUUGGACUUAUUAUCUUCUGGCGUGUUAUCAUGGGUGUAGGCAUCGGUGGUGAUUAUCCAUUGUCUUCCAUCAUCACUUCAGAGUUCGCUACUACCAAGUGGCGAGGUGCCAUGAUGGCUGCCGUCUUUGCCAUGCAAGGUAUCGGCCAACUUGUCGCAGCUCUUGUCAUGAUGUUCCUCACUCUUGGCUUCAAGUCUUCUCUUGAGCAAGCUGCCGAUACAAAGAGCUGCACUGGAGAUUGCCAAAUUGCCGUUGACAAGAUGUGGCGAACACUCGUCGGCUUUGGAGCUGUCCCUGCUUGCAUUGCCCUCUACUACCGUCUUACUAUCCCUGAGACUCCUCGCUACACCUUUGACGUCGCCCGUGACGUCGAGCAGGCUGAUGAGGACGUCAAGGCUUAUAUCAACGGUAAAAGCGAAGGCAACACCGACGAAGUCUCCCGUGCCCAGAACCUUCAAUCCGCCAAGACCAACCUUGAGGUCCCCAAGGCUAGCUGGAGAGACUUCAUCCAGCACUACAGCAAGUGGAAGAACGCCUCUCUGCUCCUUGGAACUGCUGGUUCAUGGUUCUGUCUGGAUGUGGCUUUCUAUGGUCUCUCUUUGAAUAACGGAACUAUCCUCAAGGUUAUUGGAUAUUCAACCAAGGAUGCCACCAAUGUCUACGAGUUCCUCCACAACACAGCUGUUGGAAAUAUCAUUAUUGUCUUGGCAGGAGCUGUUCCAGGUUACUGGGUUUCUGUGGCGACUAUUGAUACUCUUGGACGAAAGACUAUCCAGCUUGGUGGUUUUAUCAUACUGACUAUUCUUUUCAUUGUCAUGGGCUUUGCUUACAACCACAUCCCCUCUAACGGACUUUUGGCUAUCUACGUUCUUGCCCAAUUCUUUUUCAACUUUGGUCCCAACACCACUACCUUCAUUGUACCCGGUGAAGUAUUCCCUACUCGAUACCGUUCAACCUCCCACGGUAUCUCUGCUGCCAGUGGUAAAAUCGGUUCCAUCAUCGGCCAAGGUGCCAUCUCCAUCCUACGAACCCACGGCGCCACAGACAAGAACGAGGCACCUUGGAUGGACCACGUUCUUGAGAUUUACGCUCUUUUCAUGCUUCUUGGUGUCUUCACUACUCUGUUGAUUCCCGAGACUGCUCGCAAGACUCUUGAGGAGCUGUCGGGUGAAGAUGACUACGCCAACCAUGAUCAUGCGUUGGAGUCAGAGACUCAGGUUAGUCACGACAAGGCUGGGCGAACCAGCGUUUAG